AUGAUUACACAAGAAGAUGAGAUUCAGCAAAUUCCCCCGACUUCCACGGGGGAGGAUGUUCGCCUGGAGCAUUUGGGAUAUGAGCAAGAGCUCAAGCGGUCUUUUGGACUGUUGGGCAUGAUCGGUUUCAGUUUCAGUGUGGUCACUUCCUGGACGGCGCUUAGUGGUGUCUUCAUUGUCGGUGUCACUUCUGGAGGUCCACCGGUCAUGGUCUUCAGCUUUAUUGGUGUCAGCCUACUCACCCUUGCCGUGGCUAUUCCCAUGGCAGAGAUGUGCUCCAUGUAUCCGGUAGCUGGAGGCCAAUACUCCUGGGUUGCAGCCUUAGCCCCUCCCAAGAUUGCUCGAGGGUUAUCAUACGUCACCGGAUGGUUCAUGCUGAUUGGCCUCCUGGCAAUGGGCGCGACGAACAACUCCAUUGCAGCCCAAUUCGUCCUCGGGAUGGCAAACCUCGUCUUCCCCUCGUACGAAAUCCAACGCUGGCAAACGGUCCUGGUCGCAUACCUCGUUGCACUCCUCGCUGCCGCCAUCAACAUCUGGGGCCCUCACCUCCUCAACCGGCUAGCCCGCUUUAUCCUCAUCUGGAACAUCAGCGCAUUCUUCAUCACCAUCAUCGUCCUCCUCGCCACCAACGACCACAAACAGCCCGCCUCCUUCGUCUUCGUGGGUUUCCAAAACACAACAGGCUGGGACAAGGCCAUGGCAGCCAUCGUCGGUAUCCUCCAAGCCUGCUUCGGGAUGUGCUGCUACGACGCGCCGUCCCACAUGACGGAGGAAAUGAAAUCCGCCUCCAAGCAAGCUCCGCAAGCGAUCAUCCUCAGCGUGGUCCUAGGUGCAAUCACAGGCUUCGCCUUCCUGCUGGUCCUGUGCUUCUGCAUAGGCGACAUCACAGAGACCGCCAACUCCGCCACCGGCGUGCCCGUCAUCCAGAUCUUCUACGACUCAACCGGCAGCAAGGCCGCCGCCUGCGUGUUAGCCGGCAUGAUCGCGGUGAUCGUCAUCGUGGCAGGCAACAACAUCCUCGCCGAAGGCUCGCGCUGCGUCUACGCCUUCGCGCGCGACCACGGCCUGCCCUUCAGCACCUUCCUCGCCAAAGUCGACAAGAAGAAACAGGUUCCCGUCAACGCGAUCCUGCUUGCAUUGAUCGUUCAGCUCGCUCUCGGCGCGAUCGACUUCGGCACCAGCACAGGCUUCGAGACCGUUAUCGCCAUCGCCACGGAGGGUUUCUAUCUCUCCUACGCAACAGCCCUGGCAAGCCGCCUCCUAGGCUUCAUAACAGGCCACCAAAAAGCCAUGACCGGGCCCUUCGCCCUCCCGUCCUCGAUAUCCAUCAGCCUGAACGUUCUAGGCCUGCUAUUCCUGCUCUUCGCCUCCAUCACCUUUAACUUCCCCACCUCGUCCCCGGUCACGAACGACUCGAUGAACUACACUAGUGCCGCUAUCGGGGUAAUCGCCUUGAUCGCCUUGGCGACGUGGGUGAGUACCGGGCGGAAGCAUUUCACGGGGCCGGGGGUGGCGCAUGGGGUGGUGGAGACGGGGAAGGCGUUGGAGAUGGAGGUCGAGGACACUGCUAUAGCUUCGGCGGUAGAGGGGGAGAAGAAAGGGUGA